AUGACUACCCCAACAAUUCUUCUCCUAGGAACAUGCGACACCAAACUCCCAGAGCUUCUCUACACAAAAUCCCGCCUCUCUCCAAAGACCAACGUCCUAAUAAUGGACAUAGGCCGCAACCCAUCAACCAACCCCGCAAUCGACAUCCCGCACGCCACCAUCCUCUCCUCUGCCUCCGACAAAGACAAAGUCUCAGCCCUCGACCGCUCAGCCUACAUAGAAGCCCUCACGCCCCACGCCACGAAAACGGUCCAUGCACUCUUCCAGGAAUGCCGUAUCCAUGCCGUCCUCGGUAUCGGGGGAUCCUGCGGCACUGCGCUCGCCACGACACUGAUGCGGGACGCGCUCCCGGUCGGGUUUCCCAAGGUGAUGGUCUCGACUAUGGCGUCUGGGGAUGUGGGCCCGUAUAUGGGGGAAACGGACAUAUGUAUGAUGUACAGUGUGGUUGAUAUUGCGGGGAGGAAUCGGGUGCUGGAGACUGUUUUGGAGAAUGCGGCUGGGGCGGUGGCGGGGAUGGCGGGUGUUUAUCAGCAAAGGGACUCUGAGCAGAAGGAUCAAGAAGGGAGGAUGGAAGGGGUGAGAAUUGGUAUUUCUAUGUUUGGGGUGACGACACCUGCUGUUACGAGGGCGAGGGAGUACCUUGAGCAGGUUCUGGAGGGAUGUGAAGUCUAUGUGUUUCAUGCUACGGGCUCAGGAGGGCGGGCUUUGGAAAGGUUGGUGAGGGAGGGAGUCUUGGAUGCUGUGCUUGAUUUGACGACGACGGAGAUUUGUGAUGAGGUGGUUGGUGGGGUGUUGAGUGCUGGGCCGGAUAGAUUGUGUGCUGCGAGUCAGAGAGAUGUGCCGAGGGUUGUUAGUGUGGGAGCGUGCGAUAUGGUCAAUUUUGGGACGCCGGACAGUGUUCCUGGGGAAUUCUUGAAGGGCAAAGAGAGGCGAUUUCAUCAUCAUAAUCCGACUGUGACGUUGAUGAGAACUACGAAGGAGGAGUGUGUGAAGAUUGGCAAGGUUAUUGCGAGGAAUCUUCGGGGUGAUGGAGAGAAAUGGACCAAGGUGAUUCUUCCUACGGGUGGAGUGAGUAUGAUUGAUGUCCCGGGUCAACCCUUUUGGGAUCCUGAAGUGGAUGAGGUACUCUUUUCUACUUUGGAAGAGGAGCUUCGUGAUAGUGGGAUUCCAAUUAUCCGGGAUGAUCGUCAAAUCAACGACCCUGGCUUUGCUGUUGCUGCAGCGGAGAUGCUGCGUCAAUUGAUUGAGAAACAUCGGGCUGCAUAA